AUGAGAUGCGGAAGCUUACUUCAAGUUGAUCAUAGAAAAUUGCAGUUUGAAGUCUUUACCCAUGAAUACCGAGAAAAUAAAGAAGCUCCGCAAUGUGAGGACCAUAGCUCUCAUAAUGGUGGUUGUGGGAAUCCCUCAUCGAGCGAAGCGAAUCACAAACUUAUCAAGAAGAUUGCAAAAGGCGCUCAUUUCUCUGCAAAGGAGGUGAACGACACAAUGAAUGAGCUCUUGAAACAGCAGCAAGCUGAAUUUUCUACAAAAACUGUACCACUGCCUGAAUUUGAUUCUACAGAUAUGGAGCUAUUUCUGGGAAAAGAAGAAGUGCCACCUGUUAAAACUCCUUUCGAAGAGGUUCUGGAGCUUGAGAGGCAAGAGAAAGAGCAACUGAAUUCUAUAUUAUUUGAAGCAGAGACUUUGCUGCAAGAAUAUGAGCACAUAAAGCACGGUAUUAAAGUACAGUGUGAUUAAAU